AUGCGGAGCCAGGUCACACGCGUGGUCUGGGGCGCAUCCACCCCCUUCCAACCCGAGCCCCGCAGCCCCGCGGGGCGCCUGGAGGCCGGGGUCGGGACGCAGUCAGAGGGGCACGCGCGCGCCGUGGCCGCGGGAUGCGCCCUGCCCGCGCCGGACCUCCCGGAGCCCGGGUUCGAGCCGUGGCCCCGCCGAGACGCGCUGCGGUGCCCGGCCAGGUCCUCCCUCCUCUGGGCCUCGGUUUCCCCCACGCCGGAGGUCUCCCAGGAGCCGAGACCGCGGCAGCACACCGCCAAGGACCCACAGGCCGGCCCGCGAGGCGGGGCAGCGGCUUCCGCAGCGGGCGCGCCCGCCCCGCCCGCGGGAGCGCGGACGCGCUCGUACCUGGCCGUGCUCGGGAGCGAGGCGGGGCGGGGCGGGGCGGGAAUGCCCCGCCCCCUGCGCGGGAGGGCCAAUCGGAGGGGGCGGCGGGCCCCGUGUGGGGCGACGCGCUGGGGGCGGGGCCUGCGGGCGCUGAGGAGAGUCCGCGGGCUGGCGGCGGGAGGCGGGCGGCCGGAGGAGGUGGCGGCGACGGCAGCCGGUCCCGGGACAGCGACGCAGCGCGCCGGCUGCCGCGACAGAGCCGGUCAGGCUCCGCAGCCCGCCGCAGCCGCCGCCUCCCCGUGA